AUGCCAGGCCCUCUUGCGUUGGCCGUACCGGCAGUUGCCGCAGGCCUCGCAUAUCUCAAUGCAAAGUCUGGGCUAUGGUACGAUUACACCCUCUUUCGCGGCGCCCUGCUGGCCGGAUCGCACAGCUCCCAACGUGAAAAGCACGACACGGUCAACACUUUUUACGUACUAGAGGAUCGAGCCACCAGCAAGGCAACAGCUGAUCGGAUCUAUCUCAUGUUUGAAGAUAGAACAUGGACAUAUGCCCAAUCCUACGAAAUGGUUCUCAGAUAUGGUAAUUGGUUCAAGACAAAAUACGGUGUCAAGAAAGGGGAUGUCGUGGCUAUGAAUUUUCAGAACUCAGACCACUAUAUUCUGAUUUGCUUCGGACUAUGGUCAAUUGGAGCGAAGCCUGCUUUCAUCAAUUACAACUUGACUGGCAAAGCAUUGACGCAUUGCGUGAAGGCUGUAGAUGCUGUUCUACUUCUAGUCGACCCUGAACUAGAACGGAACCUGGACGAAGACGUUCGUGCAUCACUGGCGGGGCUUCCUAUCGACUUUUUGACAGAGCAAGUCAUUGCCGAGGUUCAUGCAACAAGCGCUGAGCGUCCCCCUGAUUCUCUGCGCUGCGGCGAGGCUCACCGAGAUACCGCCGUUCUGAUCUUCACUUCCGGCACAACUGGUUUACCCAAGGCUGCCAUUGUUUCGUGGCUGAAGCUCAUAGUAGCUGGGAGCUUUGCUACGGGCUGGCUAGCUACAAAGCCACAAGACAUUUUCUAUACCUGCAUGCCGCUGUACCACAGCUCAGCGUUCAUUAUGGGGGCCAUGCACAUCCUCGAGGCUGGGGCUACAAUCGCCCUGGGAAAGAAGUUUUCGACCAAGACUUUUUGGAAAGACGUACGGCGCUUUGAUGCGACGAUAAUCCAGUACGUUGGCGAAUCUAUGCGAUACCUUCUAGCUGCUCCUCCCCAAGUAGACCCAGUCACAGGAGAGAAUUUGGACAAGAAGCACAGAGUCCAAUUGGCAUUCGGCAAUGGGCUGAGGCCUGAUGUCUGGGAAAGGGCACGUGAGCGCUUUGGUCUUAGGAGGAUUGCCGAGUUCUACAGCGCCACUGAAGGCUUCUAUGCAACUUGGAACGCUACAUGGAAUAGCUUUUCCGCAGGUGCCAUUGGCCGAAACGGAUGGCUCUUUGAGAAGGUCAUCAAAUCACGAGUCGCCAUCAUCGACGUUGAUCCCGAUACAGCAACUGUGAGGAGGGACGAGAAAACUGGGCUGGGUCGAGAGGUUCGACGCGGAGAAGUUGGUGAACUGGUCGUGUUCAUUCAAGAUAUGAAGGAUUAUGAAGCACAAUUCCAGGGAUACUAUAACAACAAGAAAGCCACGGAGAGCAAGAUUAUUCGUGAUGUGCUCAAGAAGGGGGAUGGAUUCUUCCGGACUGGCGAUCUCGUCAGCUGGGACAAGGACGGGCGGAUGUACUUCCAUGACCGGAUUGGCGACACGUUCCGGUGGAAGAGCGAAAACGUAGCUACGACGGAAGUGUCGCAGAUGUUGGGCCUACACCCGAGCGUGCAAGAGGCUAAUGUCUAUGGCGUACAACUGCCCAAUCACGAUGGUCGGGCUGGAUGCGUGGCACUUGUGCUGAAGGACCAGCCAAGCGAAGUUGUCAUGAGAAGCCUUGCACAGCAUGGCAAGAAGAUGCUGCCCAAAUACGCAGUUCCCAUAUUCCUUAGAGUGGUCAAGGAUGGUGGACUCGUGGUCACGGGUACCAACAAGCAUCAAAAGCAGGAACUCAGACAACAAGGAGUGGAGCCUAGCAAGAUGGGUGACGAUGAGUUGUGGUGGUUGAAGGGCGACACCUAUGUCCGCUUCGGUCAACAGGACUGGCAAGAGUUGAAUGGAGGAAGAGUCAAACUAUAG